AAGAAAACGAACAUCUUUGAUCUAGGGUGAAGUCUCGCGAGAAUCUGACGUCACGUGGAUAAUGGCUGGAGAUCGCGGAUAUUAGAAGAGGAACCUUCUAAUCGAUAAUUAAAGAGGAUAAAUUGGCUGUUCAGCAGUCAUACACUACUCAGACAGCAGUAAUGGCUCAUGUCGUUAACCAUGGGAGGCUGCUCCUGCAACGCCUACAUCAGCAGCGGGAGAUGGACUUCCUCUGUGAUAUAACCAUCAUGGUGAAAGAUGUCGAGUUCAGAGCUCACCGCAAUAUUCUAGCUGCCUUUAGCGAAUAUUUCUCUGCCCAGGCUGAACAGGGUCAAGAGGUCACAACUUUAGACCCUGACAAGGUCAGCCGAUACUCUCUCGAGAAGCUUCUUGAGUUUAUCUACACGGGACAGAUGAAUCUCAGCAGCACCAGACAAGCUGCUGUGCGCCGAGCAGCUGUUUUCCUGGGAAUGCCUGAGGCUACACAAUAUCUGGAAGAGAUCCCUCACUGGUCUGAGCCCAGUGAAACGUCCCAGUCAGAGAUGGAUAAAGAAGGUGCUAGUCCUAGUCCUGGCUCCGCUCGCAGUCCCAGUUCCCCGCUUCCUUUGUCUAUCGUCUCUGUCAGAGGAGACUGGCAUGAAGAGGAGAAGGGUGGCAAAGAUGAGAAUUAUCCAGAGAUGUCCAGAGAUUUUGAUUCAGAAUGUGCAGACAGAAGUGAUGAAGAGUACAAACCCUUGACAGAUGCUAGGAGAGGUAAGGGCAGGAAGAGGGGCAGAAGGCCGAAGAGUUUCAGUGGUGAGCAGGUGGAGCAGAGCAGCUCAACUGAUGGCACUCCCAAAAUCCAGAGCUACAGGGGAAGAGGGAGAGGCAGGGGGAGAGGACGGGGCAGGGGAAGGGGAAGAGGAGCCUCUGAAAGUGAAGAUGUUUUUGCAGGCGAUUCUGACACAAGUCUGAAAGACUUUGGAGACACUUCUGCAGACUGGAGCCCCUCACAGGAGGAGGAGCCUCAGAUCAAGAAACCUCGACUGAGUAGUGGGGAAUGGAGGAGAGGACGGGGCCGUGGGAGGGGGAGAGGAAGAGGGAGAGGCAGGGGCCGAGGUCGGAGGAGGAGGAUUUCAGAGGAGGGAGAGGAGAGCGGAGGAGCAGAAGAAAAUGAUGAGGAAGGUGAAGAAGGGGAACAGAAUCUGGCAGAUAUAGGUGAGCUUACAUGCACCGAGUGCAGCAAAGUGUUUAAAGAUGUGAGCAGCUUGCGUCGACACGAGAAAAUCCACAAGGGGCUGAAGCCAUUUUCCUGCAUCUUCUGCUCCAAGACCUUCAGACAAGCCACGCAGCUGAAAACACACCUGCGCAUACACACAGGUGAAAAGCCGUUUAGUUGCUCCGACUGCGACAAGUGUUUCGCUCAGAAGUGUCAGCUGGUCGCUCACCGCCGAAUGCACCACGGAGAGGAGAAGCCUUACACCUGUGACCGAUGCGGGUUCAAGUUUGCCACCUCGUCCAACUUCAAAAUACACAUCAGGUUACACAGCGGGGAGAAACCGUACGUCUGUGACGUCUGUGGGCAGGCGUUUGCUCAGUCCAGCACUCUGACGUAUCACAAGCGACGGCACACCGGAGAGAAACCGUACCAGUGCGAUCUGUGCGGCAUGUCCUUCUCCGUCUCCUCCUCGCUCAUUGCACACGCACGAAAACACACAGGUGAGACUCCGUACAAAUGUUCACAGCCAGACUGUGAGGCCAAAUUUGUGACAUCUUCUGAGCUGAAGAAACACAUGCGACGACUUCACCCAGAUGGAAACUCCGGUGUGCAGUGCCUGCUGUGUGGAAACCGAUUUGCCAGCGUGAAGAAUAUGAUCAAACACCAGGAGAAGGCUCAUGCUGACGAAGUUCGGCAGCACAAGGAGAGGGCCCGAGCUGUUGUCCUCCUUGCUUCCAGUCAUCCUGUAGCUUUUGUCCAGAGUAAACUCUCCCAGGAAACCAAAGGUUUAGUUACCAUCCCUGAAGGUGAGCCUCCCAACCCUGAACCAGGCACCCCCAAUCCCAAAGCCACAGCACCAUCCACGGCCUCCUCCAACGGCACCACCACCACUUGCAUCCAGGACUUCAAGUCGGAGCCCAGCCAUCACCCUCUCUCCACCACCGAACCGGUGACUUUCGAAACUGACCAGGAGCAGACCAUCAACUCUGACACCCUCCAUGCUCUGGUGGAGCAGCUGCGGCCACAGGACUCCCCCGCCCAGGACCUGGAGCAGAUCGUCAUCAUCAGGACGGUGGACACUGCAGAGAACAGCGCCCCUCAGCAGUGAGCCCAGAGGUCGCGCUGCUGGAAGAUCUUCGUUUUUUAACUUGUGUGCUGCAGUCAGCUUGUUUGUAUAAAGUCAGUUCUCACAUUCAGGCUAAUGUAAAGUACCCUCUGAUCAACAUUUAGAAAUGUCUAAUCUUAAAGUGUAACGGUGACUCAUUACAAAAAAGAAACAAACAUAAAAGCCAGCUGGAAAUGCCAGCAGUUUGGUUGGAACAGUAGAGAAAGUGACAGCUCUUCCAUUAUUUUAAUAUUUACUGUAGUUGGAGCAUUACAGUCACAAUGAAGUUGUUUUUCCUUAACCAUUUACUAAGUGUUCCACAUGUAUCAUAGACAAACUGUCAAUUAUUAGAGGCCAUAAUUUUUUAAAUUUGAUGUUUUAGUGUUCGAGUCUGAAAACUGCUGAACAUGAAUCACUUCAUUUCAUGCUUUUUUUUUUGUGCUUUCUUUUUAGAAGAAAAAAGAUUGAAUAAAACAUCUGCAUUACUUGUAUGGACAAAAAGAUUACAUAUACAAAUCCAUCAUUG